AUGCAAAAGGCAUUGAACGAAAACUUGAAGAAAAUGUACCCAGGAAUCCGAGAGCGCCAAACCUAUUUGCCACGCCGCUGGGAUCGCAAUCAGGCUUCAAUGUAUUUAGAUAUUUCUAAUGACGGACUUACAGUAACAUUUAAAAACAAUUCAAAAAUAAAAGAAGAAAAGGAGACAUCAGCAGUAGUUCGCGCCAAUUUCCCAAUUCCAUGCUCCAUCGGUUUCUAUUAUUUCGAAAUAACCAUUGAAUCCGGAGAACGUGGGUGUUUGGGAAUUGGGUUGAGCCGUCGCGACGGCGCGCUUAACAGAAUGCCGGGCUGGGACCAGAACUGUCUUGGAUAUCACGGCGACGACGGUCAUUUCUUCUCAUCGUGCGGGCACGGAACAUUAUAUGGACCAAAAUUCACAACGGGUGAUGUUAUUGGGUGCGGUUUUGACACCGUUCUUCGCCAAAUCUUCUUCACUAAAAAUGGCGAGCACCUGGGUGUAGCAGCUAAUGGAAUAACUCAUAUAGAUGAUAUGUACCCAACCGUGGGUAUGAAGAAUCCUGGCGAGAAAAUUCGAGCCAAUUUCGGUCUUCAUCCAUUCAAAUUCGAUUUCGAAGCUCACAAAAGGCAACUUUUUGAGAAAAAGAUCGAGAUGAUUGACGAUAUUCCAAUGCCGCCCGAAUUGAACACUUACAUGCACAGAAUAAUCGAGUCUUUCCUUGAAAGAACCGGUGCGGUCAAUACGCUCAAAGUAUUUAACGCAGAUGCGAAUCCGGAUGUAGAGAUGAUUGAAAAACGCAAAGAAAUUUACAAUUUGAUUCUAAAUGGUGGAAACGGCUACAAAAUUGAGACGAAAAUCCGAGAGAAUUUCCCGACGCUGCUCGAUGAGUCGCCUGAUGUUCAUGUUUAUCUCAUGUGUAUGCGAUUCAUCGAUCUUGCAGCAACAUUGAAGCCGUUUCCUCCUCAGGACAAACCAGAGGCUGACGGUGUCACGCCGAAAUUCCCUUCGUCUUCAGCUCUUGUCACAUCAUCGAAGCACACGGUUUCGAAUUGUUCGCCGUCGUCGUCGUCGACGUGCUCGUCAAUCCGAAAUCCGAACAAGCGAACGAGACCUGGUGAUGAUUCGCGAGGAAAACGUGGUACCGAUGGAACGCCGGCGAAAAAAUCGCCAAUGACGGGAAGACGGAAAAAUGCGGAAGGCAUGAAAGUAGACGAAGACGGUGUAGAUUGCAAAAAUGGGCAUUCUUCUUCAAAUAAACAGCAAGAAAAGCUUAUUCGAAUUGAAGACGAUAUGAUGAUAAGUGAAGCUGCAAUGGAGAAAAUGGGCAAAAAUGAAGUCGAGAAAAUUCGAUAUCUUAUUAAUCUGGCCAGAGAGAUUUAUCAUUCAUGCUCGCUUUGCGACAAAUCUCGGGAAAUCGUUGAAGUUGCCUUAUCGAUGCUUCGCUCAAAUCGAAAAUUGUGCGAUCCGUACCCGUUGUCGUUUCCGCAACGCACGUUUAUUGCGAAUAAAGUGAUGGCAGCGAUAUUCCAAUUAAACAAAGAGCCACAAUAUUCUGAAUUGCGUGCCAUGUUUAUGAUGUGGAAGGGUAUUCAAGAUACGAUGGAGAAAAAGGAAUUCCCGCCGGCGUCAUUUCCGCUGGCGAAAAUCUUUAUGGAAUCAAACGGGACUCAGCUUUAUGCGAAUAAGACGAUUCUGGCGCCGAUGGUUCGAGCCGGAAGAACGCCACUGAGAGUUCUCUCGUUGAAGUAUGGCGCAGAUUUGGUGUAUACUGAGGAAAUUGUAGAUCAAAAAUUACUCAAAUGCCAAAGAAUUUUAAAUACAAAAAAUGAUACAAUUGACUAUAAUAAUUAUGAAGAUGUGAUUUUACGAAUAGCACCUGAAGAACGCGGAAAAGUAAUUCUUCAAAUCGGCACAAAUAAUGGAGAAAGUGCAGCAAAAGUGGCAAAAUUAAUUUGUUCUAGUGGAAACGACGUUGCCGGAAUCGACGUCAACAUGGGAUGUCCGAAGCCGUUUUCGAUUCAUUCUGGUAUGGGAGCCGCGCUUUUGAAAGAAACUGACAAAAUCAAAGAUAUUCUAACUUCGUUAAAAGCCGCUUCAAAAGUGCCAAUCUCUUGCAAAAUCCGAGUUCUCGAUGAUCGAAACGACACAUUGAAUUUGGUGCGAGAAAUCGAAAAAUGCGGGGUCUCGGCGAUUGGAGUGCACGGUCGACGACGAGAUGAACGACAGCCGGAUCCAUGCCGGAUCGAUGAGAUUCGCGAAAUCGUGCGAACUGUCGGCAAUAUUCCAAUUAUAACCAACGGUGUUUCUGGCGAAAUCGAGAAAUUCGAAGAUAUCGAGAAAUGGCGCAACGAAACUGAAGCGAGCAGCAUCAUGAUCGCCAGAAAAGCUCUUGAAACCCCGUCGAUUUUUCGAAAAGAAGGCGUUUUGACGAAAUUUGAAGAUAUUGAGAACUUCUUAGACUAUGCUUGUCAAUAUAAUGAGCCCUACACAACCGCGAAAUAUGUGGUGCAAAGGUUGCUCGGAAGCGAUCAGGAGCAUGAUCCGAGGGGAAAAAGCACGGUAGCGGCUGGAAGCCUUCUCGAGAUUUGUCGUGCCUACAACAAACAAGAUGUUUAUGAGUUCUGGAAGAAGGAACGACUUCGAAAAUCGUGCAAACGAAAAGAAUGCGUCGAUUCGGAUGGAAUUUUCAACAUCGACGUCUCAUUCCCGCUGAAGCGGUUGAAAGACGCGCAGGCGAAUGUCGCGACUCCCAAACAGAUAAUACACGAAUAUUGCGUCGAAUCGAAAUUCCCAAAACCGUUCUACCAAACGUAUCGUCGAGAUGAUAAACGCUAUAUGGCAAUAUUAUCGAUCGGGGGACAAAAGUUUCGGUCGACAAUCGCACAAGUGAAUGUUCGGAUGGCUGAACAGGUAGCUGCUCUGGCCGCCCUUUACGGUUUGGGGAUUCGCGGACGAUUGAGAGGCGAAUGGGAAGAGGACGGGAAUAUUGAAGAGGAAAAGGAAGUGAAUAAUACCGAGUCUAAGGAUUAA